AAAAAACCUAAGAAGCGCCCACAAGCGCUUAAAACGGCAUAUCAAGAGUUUUUUUCCGGCGGAUAGAAAAUUUCUUGUUCACUUCCUCCCUUAUCCAUAUCCUUCGCACAACACACCCUUAUUGUCCUAAAAAUGGGCAAAUCCGACAAAAAGGUGUCUAAGAAGGCCGAGAAGGCUGAUACCAAGGUAGUCGAGAAGGCAACCGACAAAAAGGCUGGAAAAACAUCCAAGGCUAUCAAAAGCAAAGCUGCCUUCAAGCAGACGCCUACGUCGUCCAAAGAUAUCCUUGCCAAAGCGAAGAAGGCUGCCAAAGCCAAGAGCGACUCGGAAUCUGACUCUGACUCUGAUGAGAAAGAAAAGAAAGUCAAACCCAAGGCGAACGGCAAAGCAAAAGCCCCUGCAUCUUCCAAUGAGUCUAGUGAGGACUCAUCUUCCGAAGACGAAAAACCCAAAGCUGUUCAGGUAAAAAAAGCGUUGGCAGCUGCGAAGAAGGGUUCUUCGUCGGAAGAGGAUUCCUCAGACUCAGAUUCCAAACCUCAAAGCAAGGCCAAAAAGCCCACUCCUGCUGCCAAACUCUCCAAAACCGCCCCAUCAUCAUCAUCCGCUGAUUCCGAUUCCGACACCUCCGCCUCUGAUGGUGAAGGUGCGAAGAAGCCCCUUGGGAAAAAGGCUGCAGUUACUGCUUCACCGGCAGAAAAGGAUUCCUCGUCAGAAUCAGAAUCUGAUGACGAAGAAAAGGAGGACCUUGUAGCUGCUGCUCCAACAAAAAAGGAUUCUUCAUCGAGUUCUUCCGACUCAUCCUCUGAUGAAAGUUCUACGAAGAAAACCACUACCUCAAAAACGACCAAGGAUGAAUCGUCCGACUCUGAUGAUUCGGAUGUCGAGAUGGAAGAAGGUGUUAAGGUUGCGCCGGUCGUCAAUGGCAAACGUAAGGCCACUGAAGAUACCCAAGCACCCCCCAAGAAGGUGAAGCUCGCGAACGGCGAAGCUUCACCCGCAGAAGAGGAAGUUAAAUCGAUCUUUGUUGGACAGCUUUCCUGGAACGUUGACAACGACUGGCUUGGGCAAGAAUUUGCUGAUUGUGGAGAAGUCGUGUCUGCCACUGUCCAGAUGGAUCGAAACACUGGUCGUUCACGCGGAUUUGGAUAUGUGCACUUUACUAGUUCUGAUGCUGUCACAAAAGCUCUCGAGAUGAACGGGAAGGAAAUUGACGGUCGCCCAGUCAAGGUCGACAAAAGCACACCCCCAAAUAAGGAUUCUGUCCGGGAAAAGAGGGCGCAAACCUUUGGAGAUCAGACUAGUCCACCAAGCCAUACACUGUUCGUUGGAAACCUCAGUUUUUCGGCCAACGAAGAUUCCGUUUGGGAAUUCUUCAAUGACUACGGUGUAAAAACUGUGCGAUUACCGACGGACAGAGAGACCGGAAAGCCUAAAGGUUAUGGUUAUGUCGAGUUUGACGACAUCGAGGGCGCGCAGAAAGCAUUUGAAGCUAUGAGCGGACAGGAACUCGAUGGCCGAUCUGUCAGACUUGAUUAUUCACAGCCAAGGGACUCGGCUGGAGGUGGACGUGGAGGUGGACGCGGCGGACGUGGUGGAUUCGGUGGUGGUGGUGGACGCGGUGGAUUCGGUGGUGGCGGCGGCCGCGGUGGAUUCGGUGGUGGUGGUGGACGUGGUGGAUUCGGUGGCGGUAGAGGUGGUGGUGAUCGAGGCCGGGGUGGGCGCGGCGGUAGAGGUGGUCCCCGUGGAGGGAACCCUCGCUCAGGGGGUAUCGUUCCUCACGAAAGCAAAAAGAUCACUUUCUGAUCAAUUUUGUUUAUGAAGUAUCUGUGUUUAUUGUUAUGCCAUCCCACAUAUAACUGACAAUCGUCUGUUGAAUGACUGCCCAUUUUGCAAAAACCGCCUGCCCAAAUAAGCCUUAGUCAUCUUGUGUGUGCACGCGCCAUUAAUUCCUAUAUUCUAAACAAGCUUUAGAACCCGUGUCUUCGCCACGGUGGCUCGCUCUGCUCGCACCGUGUGCUACAGCAGGG